AUGGCCCAGUGGGUGUUUGAAUUGAGCGGGGGCAGUUUGAGGUCAGCUGAGCGGUGUGAUCGAUUCCCCGUUGAGUUUGCGCUGAGACGGAUCGAUGGGAGGCGGUGGGCCGGAUAUGGCUGGAUCCGGAGUCGCCCUGGCUCGCCACAACCACCCUCCACCCACCACCCUCCACCCAGCGAAAACGAAAACGAAGAGCAGAAGACGAUGAAGUUCCACAAACGAGUGCCCUCCUUCUCAUUCACCUCCCCAGGCACACUCCCAGCCCAGCUCGCCCUCCCAGCCCCAGCUCGAGCUCCCCGAGCCACCCUCCUCAGCAGCCGCACUCUCCUCCCUCCCCAGCGCAUCAUUCGCCCACCACCAGCACCACGCAACGGCGCGAUCACCCUCCUGCUCUCCCCCGAUGACCCGCUCCAGUUCAUCGUCCAGACAGCAGCCAAGGGCCCUCCCCCGCGGAAGCGCUCCGGCAGCCUCAUCGAGCACUCCCUGAGCUCGCCCCCUGCCGACCAUCCCGACCAUCCCGCAUCCGCCAGCCGCAGGCGGUCCAGCUUUGCCGAGUCCGCCAGCCAGGCACUCACCCUGGCCGACCGAGGCCGCAUCGCCAGCCCCCAUCGGAUCAGCACCCUCACCCAGACCCCCUCGCCUACUACUCAAGCCACUCCCGCUCCCCGAGCCCCGCCGCCCGCUCCGCCCGGCCCAGCCGCUCCUCCACCUCCCUCGACCCCGAGUCCGACCGGGAGAGCAACCCCGACUCGGCCCAGAUCGAUCUCCCCUCAUCCUCAGAGGACGAGUCUGAGUCCAACCACACCCAACAUCACCUCCCCGCCCCCACUGCCCAUCUCAUUCGCCCCCACCGACCCCCGAAGUCUGCUCAAACACCCUCCGGCUAUGGCCCGCAAAACAUCGAUCAGCAGUCGCCCCGGCGGCUCCAUCCGACGAAGGUCCAGCCUCGGCCCCCCGCGCCAAGACCUCAAGCUGACCGUCUCCCGCCCGAUCUACCAGAAGAACCGGUGCACUAUCACCAUCGAACACGGCGACUGGCUCGAGGCUGCCAAGAAGGCCGAGCGCACCCGGUUCUAUCUCGUGGCUUGCGACCUCAGCGAUGAGUCCAAGUACGCCAUCGAGUGGACUAUCGGAACCGUGUUGAGACAGGGAGACGAGUGUCUUGUGAUCAUGGUCAUUGAAACCGACUCGAAAUUUGAUCCUGAGGACGGGCCAGGUACAGCGGCAGACCGGACGGCGAAGAUCCGAAACCAGAAAGACCGGCAAGAGAAAGCGACGCUACUCGUCCGAGAAGUCACGGCGCUGCUGGAACGCACCGGCUUACACGCCAAAGUGACCUGCCAGGCUAUCCAUGGCAAGAACCCGAGGCACAUGCUGGUCGACUGCAUCGACUUCCUCGAGCCUAACCUGGUCAUCGUCGGCCGCCGGGGAGUGACGUCUUCGAAGGGCAGCUUGAUGGGCAGCGUUUCGCAUUACUUGGUCCAGAAAUCCUCGGUCCCAGUGAUGGUGGCCCGAAGACGUCUCAGGACGCUGCCGAAGGUGUACAAGAAGAAGUCGGGCGUCGUGCCCACUGCCCACCAACAACGCAAGCUCAACGAGGCCGCCAUCGAGAACGCGCUCCCGCCCUCCACCUCCGCCGCCUCCUCCUUUGCCCAGCUGCCCUCGUCGCCCGACUCUAAACGGCUCUCCGUCGUCAGCGAGGAGACCGAGAAACUCAACCUCCUCGGCCUCCGGCACGCCUCCCCAGAGCCGUCUGAACUUGUCGAGGACGGUGAGGAGGGCGAGGAGGACCAGGCGACGCAGGAAGACCACCAGGAACCCGGACGGGCGCAAGAGCCUCGUGACGGACAGUCGGACUCUGAUGGCAAAGAAGAGCGUCCGGACCUGGCCGACCAGGACGUGUCGGUCCCAAUGCCCCGCCAGACGGACGAAGGCGCCCGGCCCGCUGACCCCGUCGUCACCCCCCACCCGGUCUCCAUCGUCGAGCCCGUAAUAUAA